AGAGGAGGAGGAUAUGAACAACUUACCCUGCUGAGCUUUCUUUGGGAAUACGUGCAUCAAGAUUUAGAUCUGCAUGUAAAAUCUAUACAAAGUAUCUGCCACUACAGGUCUGACUCUCCUCCCCACCCCCCCCCCCUCCCCCCUCUCCCCCUCCUUCUUUUUUUGGUUUUUUGUUUUUUUUUCCUUUCCGUUUUCUCUGCUGUGUCAGAAAGACCGACACAGAACUAUCUCUGUUUCUGGCUCCACUGCCAGUGGAGUUUUCAUUCAGACUUUCCGAAGAGAGGUGGAGAAACCUAAAGACUCAGGAGAAGAAGAGGUCUUUUGAGCCAAAUGGGGCAUUAGUUCUUCUGCUUUUCUCAGCAUGGAUAAACCUUUUCCUCAAGGAUUUUCUGAUGUGCCCUAACGUCCAUGUAACAACAAGGGCUCUUUAUCACCACAAGUGCCACCCUGACCCAAAACCACUCAGAACUCAAGAAUCAAGGCAAAAUGGAUGCUGCAGUGACAGAUGAUUUCCAACAAAUUCUUCCUAUUGAACAGCUGCGCUCUACUCAUGCUAGCAAUGAUUAUGUGGAACGGCCUCCAGUCCCCUGUAAACAGGCCCUCUCCAGCCCUUCCCUUAUAGUGCAAACCCACAAAUCUGAUUGGUCCCUGGCUACCAUGCCUACUGCUCUUCCCCGCAGUCUCAGCCAGUGCCAUCAAUUGCAGCCCUUGCCUCAGCAUCUGAGCCAAUCUAGCAUUGCCAGCUCAAUGUCCCAUAGCACCACUGCCUCUGAUCAAAGGCUCUUGGCCAGCAUUACCCCCUCACCUUCAGGCCAGUCCAUCAUCCGAACCCAGCCUGGAGCAGGGGUCCACCCAAAGGUUGAUGGUGCUCUGAAGGGAGAAGCUGAGCCAUCUGCAGUGCACCCCAGUGAGCACCUCUUCAUCUGCGAGGAGUGUGGGCGCUGCAAAUGUGUCCUUUGCACGGCAGCUCGUCCUCUCCCCUCCUGCUGGCUGUGCAACCAGCGUUGCCUUUGCUCUGCUGAGAGCCUCCUCGAUUAUGGCACUUGUCUCUGCUGUGUUAAGGGCCUCUUCUACCACUGCUCCACUGAUGAUGAAGACAACUGCGCUGAUGAGCCCUGCUCCUGUGGGCCGAGCUCUUGCUUUGUCCGCUGGGCAGCCAUGAGCCUCAUCUCCCUCUUCCUACCUUGCCUGUGCUGCUACCUGCCUACCCGUGGAUGCCUCCAUCUGUGCCAGCAGGGCUAUGAUAGCCUCAGGCGACCAGGCUGCCGCUGUAAGAGGCACACCAACACUGUGUGCAGAAAAAUCUCUUCUGGUAGUGCACCAUUCCCCAAGGCCCAGGAAAAGUCUGUAUGACCUUCCCACAAAAUGGAUCCAGAGCUUUCUCUUUCUUAGCCCCCAUCAGUAAAGUGCAGGCCUCAUCUUUGAAGAGGGGGAGGAGGAGUAAAGUAGCCAAAGUUAGGGCCUCACCAGUUUUGCUCCUGCAGUGUCAGGGGAAUGGCCAAGUACAUCCUGGUGCAGGAUGCCUUGUUCUUGCUCACAGUAUCUAUCCCACUCCUCUUCAACCUUUUUACACCUUGCCGUUUUAGCCCUGUGGCUGUCAUGGCAAAUUCAGGUGAUAUAUAGGCAUGACAUUUGGACACCGAGGGCUGACAGAGCCCGCAACGUGGAGGUUUAGGGGCUCCCCAAUAUAGUGCCUCUCGAUGCAGGCUCUGAGCGUCACUCUACUUUCCACAGUGCCUUUGGAAACUUUCUUCUAAGAUGGUUUUCACAGGUCCAUGUGGAACAGCAUUCGAUAUUCCAGGGCAUCUGAUCCCUUCUCCCUUGUUUACUGCCCUUCUCUUCUUUAGUCCCUUUUUCUCCCUGUCUCCUCUUGUUCUGUGCUCCUUCCCCCUUCGUUCCCAGUCUCUCUCCUUCUACUUUUCCUCUCUUUUCUUUCUGUCUCCCUUCCUUCUACUCCUUUGCUCCCUCUCUUUCAGACUAAUCCAUUCUCUACCUGUAUUUCUAUCUUGUUUGAUCUAUCUUUGUCUCUCUCUACCUGACUUUUCUUUCUCUACUAUGUCCGAAAGUGCUGUUUUUCCAUAGGUGUUUCCUUUGACGCCAAACUUUGCUAUGCUAUACUAUUUACUAAAUUUUAUUAAGGGAAAUGGAUUACUGUAAUGAACUGAUCACUAGCAAUAGUCUAUAUCCUGACACGUGUGUGUGUGCCCAUAACCACACUCACCUGUUUGUGAGCAUAUGAGGCAAAAUUAUCUUACAUUUCCAGGUUUAACUAGUUGGAGUUUUACUCCCUUUCCCAAUAAUCAACUUAUAGUACUGACAGAUUCCACUAGCAUGCGGAGUAGGAUAGUAAAUCAGGAUGCUCAUAACUUUGUAUGUCUGACCCAAGUGCCAAAGGCAGACGUGCUUUAUAGCUAAAUGAACAAAGCAAAGGAUAUUACAGAGGUCUGUUCUCUCUUAGAAGCUAACUGCCCUGAGACUGCAUGGCUCAGGCCUUAAUUAUGGACAUAAAAAGUCAUAAAACUUUAGAGCUGGAAGGAAUCUUAACUGUUAAUCUAGUUCAAUGCCCUUAUUUUACAGAUGGGAAAACUGAGGCCUGGGGAUAGGAAGGGAUUUUCCCAAGGCCACACACUGAGUUCAUAGCAGAGUUGGGGACUGGAAUACAGGCCUUCUGACUCCUAGUUAAAUAUUCUCUACCCUACACCACAUUGAGUCCUGGGACUUUUCUCAUGGGACUCUAUUAACAGUAACAGAAGGCCAUUGCCAUUCAAUUUUCUGGAACCAUGCCAACUUAGUGUACUGGUCUUUAUGCAGUGCGUGGUGGGUAGCUAAUUAACUAUCAGGUAUUGAGGCUGCCCCCAGUGGACAUCAUCUUUGGCUCUGUCACCUGUAGAAGCUCAAGUGUGGAAAAAACAAACAAAGAAUCCCUAACCAAGCUGUACCUUCGCCUACUCUUUGCUGCACACAUUGUGCUCACUCCUGGCUUUGUCUGCAAUGGCAAUUGCCUGAAAACCUAAAUUUCAGCAACAGUGGAGAACUGAGAUGAAAGACAUAUAAUGCAGAGAACUGACUUCUCUUUUAAAAAAUACCAAGAGCCUGUGUUGUGAAUCCACUUCAAUGGGAAAAGGCUGCAGUGGGGAUGGCAGGCUCCUAAAGACAGCUGUUGUUAAAGACACAAGAAUUAGAUCCAGUUUCCCUCUGUAAGUGAAUCCAAAAUUCACUAAGGAAUUCAGAGAUUGAGGGCACUUGCUUGAAAUCAAGGUGCUCCAACUUAGUUUAAGACUUCCAGACUCUGACUUUAUAUAUCAUCUCUUUUAAAGUGUGCAUGGAUGUGUAUUGCAGAGUGGAGAGGUGGAGAGAAAUGUAUAGUCAUACACAGGGGGAAGA